AGAAAAUUAGGAAUAAUAGAGAGCUAGAGAUUGUUUACAUUGGACAAACGACCACACUGUGAUCAUGAUAAGGUUUGUUUUGGCCGGUCUGGUGUUAUUCUCGACAAAAAUAUUGUCGAAGUCACAUCUGUCAAAAUGUUGCCCGCCAGGAGAGAUCUUUUCAGGACAUUCCACCAUAGAGUGCGUUUCAGUAUCGAGGAACGCGACGGAACUCUAUAUUCAACAUUGGAACACCACUACGGAGUUCCAAGGAAUUCCUCAAUGUAAAGAACCUAAAGAUCUUAUGACAACGCCACUUGACUAUCUUGAUUCCGACAAUUUCUUAGAGGUACCGGCUUGCCUCGAAAUACUUCAAACAACUGGAGAGAGUAACGUAAUAGUCGUUCAUUGUCGAUCGUACAAAGAUCGAUCGAUAAAAGCGAUUAACGCAUCCUUUCCGCAACUCACAUAUAUCAGAAAAUGUUGCCCUCGCGAUACAGUAUUCGACAGUCGCACGAAAGCUUGCGUGCCGCAGUUAAGCGAAUUAGACAGCCUUGUAACGUUUUUGUUGAAUGAAUCGGCUAACGCAGAUCUUGUAAUAAUAGCUACCGAAGGUCCACCUACAUGCAAAGGCCCUAUCGUCGACUAUGAGAUUGACAAAAACGAUGUCUUUAUGCAGAACAAUACAUAUUCAGUGAUGGUUCCAGCGUUCAUGAAUAUUGUCAAAGAGGAACUAUUGGUUACUGAGGGUAAUGCUUGCCUCGAGAUGACGUCGGAUUCUGAUCGAACAUUGAUAGCGCGCGUCUGCAGAAAUCCGGAAUUUUGCCGUAGGAACGCUUGCAUUAGAAAGUGCUGCGCCGAAAAUGAGUUCUUUUACGCCCAGGGAUGCAAUAAACUCGCUGUACCCGACGAACCGAUAGAGUUUCACGAGGCCCUCGCAAAUCAAACGAAAUCGUCUGCUUUCGACACGACCAAAGACUAUGGAAUCUUGAUUGGGAAGCCAUGUAAAUACGGCAUGUAUCCCAUGGAUCCAAGGGACGAAGAAUGGGGGAAUGUCUUUCUGACAUCAGAAGGACAUGUUUUUAUCAAAAAUUAUGCCGAGUAUGACCAAGACAAAUACUGCAUGGACAUUUUUUACAACAAAUCAGAGUCUGAUCACAACUUUCAUUUGUUCAUAUGUUUUGACAAACCGGAGACAAAUAAGAUUUCAGUAAGAUACCAAAUGAACACCGUCCUGGAAGUCAUCAGCUGCGCCUUCCUGCUAAUAACCUUGCUGGUGUACGUGUGCCUGCCGAGUCUGCAGAAUCUUCAUGGUAAAACGCUGAUGUGCCAUGUGAGCAGCCUCCUCCUGGCCUUCACCUGUUUGCCCAUCAUCACUUGGAUCAUGCCUAGUGACGUAAUUGAAGAACAAUUUAUGACAACAUGUAAAACUUUAGCUUAUACCACGCUUUUUUCUUUUCUAUCGGCGUUUUCCUGGCUUAACGUCAUGUGCUUCGACAUAUGGUGGACAUUUGGAGUUUUGCGCGGAAGUACCAUUACAAAGGCGCGCGAGCAUAGGAAAAGAUUUCUAUUAUACUGCGUAUAUGCAUGGGGUCUCUCCUUGCUAGUGUCAAUCCUCGCUAUCGUUGCUGACAGCACGGAAAUCCUGCCAGACUAUCUGCAACCCAAUAUUGGUAAUAAGGGCUGUUGGUUUACACAAAACCGAAAUUCGUACGGUGAAUUAACUUUCUUCAUCGGACCGAUGAUGAUUCUGUUGCUAUCUAACGUAGUAUUUUUCAUUCUCACGUCGAUACAUUGCAAUAAGGUAAAAGCAGAGAUAAAAAGGGUAACUACGAACCCCACAGAUCCUAGAAGUAAACGAUUUCGUUCCGACAAGAAGAGGUAAGUGUUCGCCAGCUUAGCAGGAAUGAUUUUCUUUUCAUUUUCCGAAGCAAUAUUUAUCAUGAACAUCAAAUUAUUUAUCGUCAUGGGAAUGUCCUGGAUUUGCGAAGUGAUGUCAUUCUUCCUGGUAAAAUAUUUAGAUUACGAACAUUGGCACCAUGUGUUGUUCUACACCAGCGAUGUCUUUAAUUGUCUCCAAGGUCUACUGAUCUUUAUUCUCUUCGUUUUGAAGAAUCGCGUAUAUCAAGCACUUCGUAGGCGAUUGGGAUUUGACAUCAAGAAGAAAAAAACAAAUCCAGCGAAUAAUGCAUCUGCUUUACACGAUCCUUAUAAAGUCAGGAAAAGCGUAAGUGACAGCACAUUAACGACAUUCACGAUUAGUUCGACACCAUAA